AUGCCAAUAGAAUCUCGGCCUGCGGAACCGGAUACUGAUGGAGCUGCCGAUCGAGAAGCGGAAUACCAUCAACUUAAGCUGGCGCUGCAUCUUGCUCAAGUGGAUCGUGCACAUUAUGUGGAAGAAAUGAAUGCUGCCAUGAUGAAGAUGAAACAUACAAUUGAGAAUUUAGAGCAAGAAGGAUCAGAGUUGUUGGAGAAGAUCCGUGCAAUAGACAGCAAACCAAAUCAGAUACGUGAUCAACGUACUUGCGAAGAUCUGGUUAAUCUAGCAGAAAAUAAGGAUUGGUUGCAAGAACAAAUCAAUGUCGAAAAAGCCAAGCACAUUGACUUGGAUGCAAAAAUUCGUGCUAUUGAAAAAAAAGUAAAAGAACUAAAAUUGAAAACCGGAGGAAUUGCGGGCACAGAAGAAAUGUUGCAACGGGUACGGUGUAAACUGACCACGCUAGAAAAUCGCUUGGUGCACGUGCUAAAAACCUACAAUGAGGCAGUGGGAAAAAAUAUGAAGUUGAGGAGUGAAAUUGACACACUCAGACUUCAAAGAAGUAACUUCGAUCAAAUCUAUCGGAAGUUGGAUCAAACACUAUCCAAGCAGCGAGCGGCGAUUGCUCGCUUGGUUGAGGCAACAUCACAAGCUUACGAACAGCGGGAGGAUGCAGCACAACGAAUUCAACAGUUGACUGAAAAAGCUGAGAAGGACACACAGCAGCAUAAUAACGAAAUGAAGGAACUUGUGCGAUUGAUUGAUCAUGAUAGAAAGCUGAAGAGUUUCAUGAAAAUUAAAGCUACCGAACGGCAAGAAGAUCCACAGUUAACUGCUUGGAAAGCGAAACGUGUGCAAGAGGCGGACGAGAGGCGCGCAGAAGUGGACCGAUUGAUAGAAAACUAUGAACAGGCGUUUGACCGAAUGCUUGAAGUGAUGGACGAAACGAAUACAGAUAAUUUAGUCCAAAGCUUUUUGGAAAAAGAAGAUAGGAACUUUGCCCUAUUCAAUUAUGUCAGCGAGACAAAUGCAGAAAUUGAGCGAUUGAACGAGGAAAAUGAGAACUUAUCUAACGAAAUCUCAAAUUAUCGUGAUCGAAUGGCUAAAGUGGUUGGAGGACAACGGGAAGCUCUGUCCGAGUGGCAGACAACCAACGAUAAAACCAAGGAGCAACAGGCUACAACCGAAACACGACUGAGUACCACAAAGGAGACGUUGGAUACGGUCUGCUCAUUGGUAUCUGAUUUGGUCGUUAAACUGGGGUGUGAUACGUGA